AUGACGGCUCGCAACACCUCCACGCCCCUCCCCCUCUCCUCCAUCCUCCCACCCCUCAUCUUCGGCACGGCCACCUUCAACUACCAAUACAACCCCGACCCCUACGAACUCGACACCACCGGGCUGGUGCACAAAGCGCUGGAACACGGCAUCCGCGCCUUCGACACCUCGCCCUACUACGGCCCCUCAGAAGAAAUCCUAGGCCAAGCGCUCGACACGGAAUUUGUGCGCGCCAACUUCCCGCGCGACGACUUCUUCCUCAUCACAAAGUGCGGCCGCAUCGCCGCGGAUGAAUUCGACUUUUCCAAGCAGUCCGUCUACCAGAGCGUGCAGCGGAGUUUGCAGCGCCUGCGCACCAAGCACCUCGAUCUCGUGUACUGCCAUGAUGUCGAGUUUGUGCCGGAGGAGGAGGUGAUGGAGGCUAUUCGCGAACUGCGCCGCAUACGAGACGAGGAGGGCACGAUCAAGUACGUGGGCAUUUCGGGGUAUCCCGUCGCGGGGCUGUGUUCGUUGGCGCACCGGGUGUUGCGUGAGACGGGCGAGCCGCUGGAUGCGGUCAUGUCGUAUGCGAAUUUCACGCUGCAGAAUACGUUACUGGCGGACAAGGGGAUUGAAGAGUUGCAGGCGGCGGGGGUGGAUGUGGUGCUUAAUGGCUCGCCGCUGGGCAUGGGGCUGUUGCGGAGGGAGGGGGUGCCUGUGGGAUCGAUGGGGAAUUGGCAUCCGGCGAGCAAUGACUUACGAGCCGCAGUGCGACGAGCGAGCGACUUUUGCGAUCGGCACGACGAGAAGCUGGAAGUCAUUUCCAUUCGGUAUGCACUAGAGAGCUGGCUGACGGCCGGCGCAUCAGUGGGGUCAAGAGGAGACCCGGCGUCUGGAGUGCCGUGGACGCGGGAGUCCAACGAACAAGUUGGAGGAAAGCGGCUGGGAGUGAGCGUGAUGGGCGUGAGCAAGAUGAAGGAGCUGGAGAAGACGAUGCAAGUAUGGCGCAGUAUUCUCGACGGCAUGGAAGGCGGAGCGGAGACGGCGAGAAAGGCGGGUCGAUGGAGUCGAGAUCACGAGUGGAGUCUGAACCGCCAGCGCGCCGUGCAGAUUCUUGCAGACGGCAUUCGAGAGCAUCUCGAUGAAUACCUGGAUUACACGUGGGAGUCGCCGCCGCCGGGCUUCGUCAACAUGAGGGGAGUCCAAGGCGGCCAGCAGCAGCAGCAAUUAUGGAUGACGCCGGAGGGCAGUCCGCAGCCUGAAGAGCAGCCGGUGGCGGCGUUGCCGUUGCGGUGA